AUGUCGGCCGUAACCAAGAGCUUUAAGAACGCUUUCCAGGUGCUGACUUCUGCGCGAGAGUACGGCGUGGGCAAGCGCGUGACGCGCGGCAUCUGGUCCCACUAUGACGAGCCUUCGUACUGGGAGGUGGUGCGGAUUCGCCCGUCGCUUGACCUCAAGCACGGCAAAGCCUAUGGCCGAUUCACCUUUCGUGGCAAAACGGAUCCGAAGGUCAAGCGCAUCAAUGGCGUGUUGAAGAAGGACUGGAGCUUUGUCGACGAGUGA